CCAUCCAGCAAUGUUAGCCAGUUCUUUCUUCUUUUGGGAGCGUUCGACCAAUACCUUUCAUACUCCUCAGGGAAUGAUUACCCCUACUCUCUUAGAUGUAGCUGCUAUUGCCGGUCUUCGACCUACAGGUUCUUCUUUUACAUUCGACCGGCCUGUUAAGAAAGAAAUCAAAUUAGACUAUAACCAUCUAACUUACAAAAGCUUCAUUCUGAGAAACCACGACAAGACCUCUGCAAAUGUUUCCGACUCGGAACAUGUAGCUUUCUUGUUGUUCUGGCUUUCUGCUUUCUUCCUUUGUUCCAAGUCUCUUCAAGUUCCUCAGAAAUUUGUGCUUCUUGCUCAACUUCUGCACGAAGGUACCGACGUCUGUUUAGGUAAAGUUUUAUUAGGCGAACUUUACCUUUCUUUGAGUCAAGCCAUCACUUCUCUUCAGAAGCCCUCUGGAGCCGAGAAAAACAUCCUUUUUGCUGGACCUCUAUGGUUUCUUCAACUUUGGCUAAAUGCCAUAUUUGAGACCAAACUCUCAACUCCAAGUCCACAAAAUGUCUCGACUUCUAUUGCUGCUUUUCGACUUAAUUGCUUGACUCCUUCCAAAGAUAAAGUCGAUCCAGAAACCACUUUCCGUGAGUUUUUUACUGCUUUUAUGGAAAUGACCUCUUUUACUCCCAACCUUGCUCCAUUUGCUGCUCCAACUACUGGUCCCAAAUGGCUUGUCCGACCUUUCCCAUGCGAAUCUCCGGGCGAACAACUUGAAAGUAUUAGCAUCUGGAGGGAAUUUUUCCGACCUCAAGUUCUUCCCCUUGGUUUCAAAAAAUCUGAGGUGAACGUGUUGGGUUACCAGCCUCAGCUUGUGGCUAGACAAUUCGGCCUAUGUCAAAUCGUUCCUAUCCCUCUUUUCUCAAAAAAGGAUGCCAUUUGCAACGAAGGGUUUUGCGACAAAGAUGUCGACUCUUUUUAUGAAGCCCUCAACUAUUAUGACAAAAAGACGUCUGCUCUUCGUCUUGAACCUCUGUCUUUCGAACCAUCCUUUUAUUGCACUAAAGAAUUUGAAGUUUGGUGGUCGACCUACUACAAGUCUAUUCAGACCACCUUAGGAGUUUGUAUUGGAAAGAUGACUGAAGCUCUUCAAUCUGUGCAGAAAAAGGCUACAAAGAAAACUCGAGGUAUGCUCAUCAAAGAAAUCCAGUCAUUUCAGAGAUUCUUCAAAACUGUUUAUCUUCCAGGUCGAUUGAAUUUAACCCUUUCGGAAGCGGCGGAAGUUUUAAAAGAAAAGGUCAAAGCCAAAGUUUUAAAAAUUAAACUUUUUCCCCCUUUUGUGGAUAAAUAUGUUUACACUCUUCGACAUUAUUGUCCAAAAUUUCCAGCUUUUCCUACCAGUGACAUGGCUUUGGCUUUACCUGUUAUUUACCCAAAGUGGCUCGACCAUUUUACAUACAAAUGUUUUAUACAAAGUCUUUUACCACUUCCGAAAAGGGUUACUUCGACUAAAUAUUUCUUGCACAACUACCCCGGACACAUUCAUGUUAACUCAUGUCACGUCCAAGUCCUUACACAAAUUCAUCAAGGUUAGAUAGACUCGUCUUACUUUUGUUCUUUUUCCUUUACUCUCGCACUUAUACCCCUUUUCCUUCAGCCGAACCAAUACCCAAGGUUCCAUGUAAGGAAGACGAAGGUUCCGACAAUUCAACAGGCAUUCCAGUUCAACAAAAGAACGUCCCUAAGGCUCGAAAGAGAGGUUCUCAAAGCUCGACUUCGGA